AUGGAAGUGGAUCUGGUACCUCAGCUCGUAAAAUGUCGCAUUCUGGCGGCAACAUUGGAAGAAAAUGCCCACAAUUGGUUCAGCCAAUUGCCUGAGGCUUCUAUCUCGACAUGGGAGACCUUUGUCGACCUGUUCCUCACGCAUUUCCAAGCCACAAUGACCUAUAGGCUGCCCUAUACCACUCUGGCUAACAUCAAACAAGAACCUGUAACAAAAGUUGAGAAGGCUCCCGAGUCUUCGCUAGUCUGUAUGUUAAUAACAGGUGUCCUGCCGAGAACUAAUUUUUGGAAGGAGCUGCAGGCUCGAGAACCAGAAUCGCUGGUCGAGUUCUUUGCCAUGGCAGAACCACAUAAGAGGAUUGAGAAUUCCCUGGCAGAGUUGGAGAAGGGCAAAGAUAAGCGUAAGUCACCAGUGCCGCGAUCACGAUCCCGCAAUCCCCAAGGGAAGAAUUCUAGAGGACGAAGCUCAAGAAGACGCAGUCCACGGAGACAGCGAAGUCCGAAACUGGCCAAGUCCCCUCCAAAGAAGGAAUCCUCACCGAAAAGGAAAGGUGGACCGCGCUUCGUGAACUAUACCGAGCUCGCAGUACCACGAGACCAUAUCUACGCCAUCGAAGAGAAGAAUGGGGUCUUCAAGAAGCCUCCCCCGAUCAAGGGAAACCGUGACAAGAGAGAUCCUAAAAAAUUCUGUAAGUACCAUAAAAAUAUUGGUCACACUACUUUGGAUUGUUGGGUUUUGCAGGACGAGAUUGAAGAGCUGAUCAGGAGAGGAAAGUUCAGCAAAUACAAAAAGAACGAGGAAAGUCAUCCCCGGGCGGAUGACAAAUAA